AUUCCAAGAAUCGAUGCAGAUAAUUCCAGGAUAGUUCUCCAGAAGCCUGAUAUCAAAUCAUUCACGCGAUUAUGAAUCAAAUUGUGAACCAAAAUAUCAGUUAACCGAUGACAGUGAUUAUCUGAAGUCACUUGCAGUGUAGCCAACGCUCGUCUGCAACAUUCAAAGGAUAAUACAAAAAACUCUUCCAGCGUACCUGCAAUGGGGCAGUCUGGCAGCAAGUGUCUGUGCUCGGACGCAGCCAGCGACGGGGCGUCCGGCAGCAGCGCUCAGAGCUUCGUCGCGUCAGCUAAGUCUGAGCUCAGGAAAUUCCCCUUCACUCCGAGCCGCUCCAAGACCUCAGGCUCUCACAUGGGCAAGGCUGAGCUCAGCUGGCGUAACUCAGUAAUGCCGGCGUCCCUUGACCGAAGGCAAGCAUUAAAAGCGGCUCUGCUGAUCCAGCGCUGGUACAGAAGAUACUGCGCCCGUCUGGAGGUGCGACGUCGGUACACCUGGACCAUCUUCCAGAGCAUCGAGUACCAGGGCGAGCAGGACCAAAUUAAGCUGCACAAUUUUUUCAACGCGCUACUCCGUCACGUAGAACACGACGCAGCAUCAGGCCUCGUAGCCUCCAUGUCGCCACGUCACUCGCCUACACAAAGCGACGCACUUUCACGGAUGUCCGUUCCUCUGGACGCGGCCAUCGAAGACAUUCAAGUGGAGAGCUCCUACAAGGGAGUGAGGCUGCUGUUCCCUCUCACGGUGGACUCCAUCCACUCCCUCGUGAGCGCCUUCAAGAAAAAGAGGACAUUACACGUGCGCUACGUGUGUCUGCUACUGCGGGAGGCGGUGCUCGAGCUGCAGAAAAGACCUGUAAUAAACCAGGUCUCUACUUCCAUCAGCGGGCAGGUCACCAUCUGUGGGGACCUGCACGGCAAGUUAGACGACCUCCUCACCAUUCUUUAUAAGAAUGGACUGCCGUCCGCUGAGAACCCGUAUGUUUUUAACGGAGACUUCGUGGACCGCGGCAAGAAGAGCCUCGAGGUGCUGCUGCUGCUGCUGGCGCUGCAGCUCGUAUGGCCAAACGAAGUCUUCCUUAACCGAGGCAAUCACGAAGACCUCGUCAUGAAUGCCAGAUACGGAUUCUGCAAGGAGAUCAGUAAAAAGUUCAAGGGGUCACACGGUCCGCGAGUGUUGGCUCUUAUCGAGGAGGUGUACCGCUACCUGCCUCUGGGGUCAGUGAUCGACAACACGGCCUUCGUGGUGCAUGGAGGCAUCUCACAGUACACGGACCUCGAGAAGCUCGCGUUGGUGGACAGAUCUAAGUACGUGAGCGUGCUGCGCGUGCCGCUCGUGGACGACGUUGAGACGUCGACGCUGGACCUCGCCAGCGUCGCUAAUCCUGAAAUCGCCGGUGAUGGACCGACCAGUCGGCUGGCGGACCUCGCGGAGGAGUGGAAAAUGAUCCUAGACCUGCUCUGGAGCGACCCCCAGUCGUCGUCAGGCUGCGAGCCUAACUCCUUCAGGGGCGGAGGCUCGUAUUUUGGUCCCGACAUCACCAGUGAAUUCCUCGACAGAAAUGACCUGAGUUUCCUAGUGCGCUCUCAUGAGUGUAAAAGUGACGGCUACGAGCUCUCACAUGAUGGCAAGUGUGUAACAGUGUUCUCAGCUUCUAACUACUACGGGGAAGGUUCCAACAGAGGAGCGUACAUGAAGCUGCAGGGUCGCCCGCUCGCCCCACACUACGUCCAGUACACCGCUGAUACCAAGAACAAGCACUUGACGUUGCGGGAGCGUGUGGGGCGUAUGGAGCUCUCGGCCAUCAACGAGCUGCGCUGUCAGAUUAUGGCGUCACGUCCCAAACUCCUUAAAGGAUUCCAGGAAGCUGAUCCUGAGUUGACAGGCUUCAUCACGACACGCAAGUGGGUGGAGGUGAUGGAACAGGCGAGCGAACUCAAGCUGCCAUGGAGGGUUCUUAAGGACAAACUCGUAGCCAUCGAUCCCAAGACCGGCUUGGUCGAUUACCAGUCAACCUUUAGGACCGAUAAAAGCUCCAACUCUCAGGAUGGGCCGAGCGUCGUGGAGGCGCUCUACCGCCACAAGAGCAGCCUUGAAGCCAUCUUCAGACUCAUCGACAAGGACAACUCAGGCUACAUUACCAUGGACGAGUUCAGGGACGCGUGCGGUCUUCUGGAGCGCCACGCUUCGCUGCCCAGCGAGCAGAUCGCCGACCUCGCGGCCUCCAUGGACAUCAACAAGGACGGCAAGAUCGACUUCAAUGAGUUCCUUGAGUGCUUCAGGAUCGUAGAGAGCAGCUUCCAGCAGCCAGACGACGACGAUUCAGAGGAAGAUGACGAUUAGAUUCAGUCGUGAGUUGACGUGUGCACACGGCACAUGGCUUCCAUCUCCAUGACUGGGGAGAUGGAAACGAACGUCUGAUUUUGAGAUUGACUCACGAUUUUCGAAGGCACAACUUUGGUCCCAUUGCCAAUGAGACGCGGGAAUAACAUCAAGCAUUUGUGCUUUAAUUUUGUUCGCAUCUGCAUGCUAGUAUUGAACUCAGCAAUAAGUUAUACUGAGAAGAAAUUUUUUUAGCGUAACAGUUUAUAGAGGCUCCAUCAUCCUGCUCAUUCGAUUGAUAUAACUUUUCUCACAAGGCUAGAAAUAAAUCCAAACUAAUUGAGAAGCUUUAAUGGAAGAAAACAUUCGCUUUAAUACAUUCUGCAAUAACUGGACUCUCUCCGACGUCAGAUCCCAGCUGUAAAUUGAGUCGCAUCGCUCAUAUUGAAAUUGCUUGAAAAUUAUUGAUUCAUUCAUAAUUGUCAAGCAUGAGAAGCUUAAUAAUUAUCUCUAGCAUGAAUUCUGGACUCCCAUUCAAGCCCAGACUUGAAUGGGAAUUAUAUUAAGAGGGAUUUCGGGUGUAUUAUCCCUACUUUUAACUAAAAUAAUAGUUGCAAAUUAUCAAAAAUAUUUGAAGAGCUUUGUAUCAGUAUUUGAAUUGUACACUGAUGAUCAGAGUUAGAAUUGAGUAGCCUCGUGGAUUCAUACCAUGCUUCUAAUUGAUCGUCGAUGAUCAAAGCGGAUUUUUUUCACAGAAGUGUCCCUGCGAUGGCCCCGGCUUCUCUCAUUAUGUAUAUUGUCGACAUCAGCUUUUAAAAUUUGUUGCCCCAAUUUAGGAUAAUUUGGCACACGAUUGGAUGCUGCCGAUGCAAUUAUAAUUUUCCAUUUCAAUUCCAAAAUGUCUUUUUUGGAAAUGUACUUUUGGAAUUGUAGUGCGUUUUUUUACACGUCUACAUCGUUGCCAACCUUUCUUCGUUGUCCAGAACAUGAUAAUGACUUCGGGAACAUUUUUAUAAGUGUGAAAAAGUAGAUUAAUUACGAGUAAAUCAUAAAUGUGUUAUUGAUCUUUUGAACGAAAGUGCUUCAUUAUAGCACAACCUUGUUGGCGAGGACAGGCAAAUGUUAAAUAGAAGUGAAAGUUCUCCAUCGAUAUGAUUGAUUUCAUCGAUUCAAUAAUGAUUUUCAGAUUAUUAUCGAACUGGAUCUUGGUGUAACUUUAGUAGUUUUUAUAUAAAUGUGAAUAACUCAUUGCAUUUCUGUAUAUAACUUCUGGAUGAAUUUAUAAAAUUUAGAUGAAUUCAAUGGGUGUUGACUCCCGCUAAUAGUAUUGUGCUAAAUUAUUUAUUAUUAAAUUGAACUCACUGCUAUAUUCGUCUGUAGAGGCCUUAUUUUUAGUAAUCAUUUUCCCUCAGUUCGCGCCAAUUAAAAAUUCGAAUCAAUUCGCCGAAAAUCGUAGAAAUCUCGUUCGCUUUACCAUUUUUUGCCUGGUCAGGUAUUUUCACACUUACUUCCAAUGAUGGACGAGAAUAAUUCAAGUGCACCGCUAUUAACUGCACAGAAAAUUUUCAAAUUUCAUUCCGCCUUCUGUAUUAAAUAUUUCUUCAUUAGAUUUUCAUCAUUGAAUGAAUCUCAACAUUGAAGAAUAUUUUCACAUUUUUCAUGUAUUUCAACCGACAGCAUAUGUAGAACUUGCAAACAGCUGAAAGUCGUUAAAAUUAAAUAAUUUUCCUGCAUGAAUGAAUACUUCUGGACAGAAUUACUAAUUAAUUAUUAAUAAUUAUUAAUCAACGGCGAGGAAAAUCAUAGGUAUUGCAACAUAGAACGUCGAUUUCAAUAUAAUUUUUUUAUCGGUCAUAUAAACAAGGGAAAUACUGAUUGAGUUGUUUACGCCAUUAUUUUUCAAACGAUAAAGUGUCCUGCAUCAGUAUAUGAAUUUAUGGAUUGCUUGUGAACCUGCUAAACUCAAAAUUGAUCUGAAAUGUGACCAAUAGAGAGCACAUAAAUUUAUAAAUUUAUACAAUGAAAGCUGUACUCUACUUAUACGACUUAUUUAAUCUCUCUUUGGAUCUAUAUGAUCAUUUAAUAUGUUGUGAAGUAAACAAUUGCAUUAGAGCCUUCGCAGAUUCAAAGUGAAGUUGAUCAUUAUACUUCAGCAUCUGCCGAUUUAUUGUGGAUGUGAUUGUAAUGUAUUGAAACUUUUGCCGAUUUACAUGCAGUAUAAUGUAGAUCAUUAUAUUUCAGCGUGUGCAGAUUUUUAGUGAAUAGCGUCAUUGUAUUUCAGCGUGUGACCUUUUGUAUUGAAGUGAAUCUCUGAAUUUCCACGUCUCCAAAUUCGUUUUCGUGCAGCAAUUCUCGACAGUAAUGGAAAGUAAAACAUAAUUAUCUCGCUCUGAUGUACACGAGAUCUCACUCUGAUGUACACGAGAUCUCACUCUGAUGUACACGAGAUCUCAAUCUGAUGUACACGAGAUCUCACUCUGAUGUACGCAAGAUCUCACUCUGAUGUACACAAGAUCUCUUUCUGAUGUACACAAGAUCUCACUCUGAUGUACACGAGAUCUCAAUCUGAUGUACACGAGAUCUCAAUCUGAUGUACACGAGAUCUCACUCUGAUGUACACGAGAUCUCACGCUGAUGUACACGAGAUCUCACUCUGAUGUACGCAAGAUCUCACUCUGAUGUACACAAGAUCUCACUCUGAUGUACACGAGAUCUCACUCUGAUGUACACGAGACCUUUUUACACGGCUUUGCUACCCGUUCUUAAUGUUAUCCGUACGAAAAAUACCGUCAGUAGAAAAAGAGAAGGUAAUCCGUUUAUGUAUAUAUUUAUUGAAAAGAUUUUGAAAAUCAGACAAUUUUAGAGACGCUGCAAUUAUUCCUUUCCUAAACGAGCUUUUGCUGAGUCUAUAAAAAUAUUUUUAUGCAUUUUAUCAUCCAAUGUUAGAAAUAAGGGAUUUACAUCUAUUGUUCAAUUAUAUUUAGCGCAAAAAUUUUUUAGAUAGAAUCGUAAUGCGAUAUGUUGAUAACUCACAUAUGUUGAUGUCUAAUUAAUCUUAAGAAAUUACUACAUGAAAUAACCAAAUUUGUUUUAAUAUGGGUAAUAAUGAAAAAUACUAUAAAAUCGUUGUUCAAUAUGGAGUUUGUUAUGAAUUUAUACGAAAUGCUUUUCUCGCGUUUUAAAAAUAUACUUGCUAUUAGAUUUCCUAAUUUUUUUAAGUGUAAAAAGAAAAUGAUUAAAACGCAAUUUUCUCUCAUCAAAUGUAACCAAACAACUGCAGAUUCCAUCACACCCUCAAAGAAAUAGCCUUAUGAAUUGUCCCACGUGAAGAUUCAAAAGUUGCAGGCAGCUCAUUUCAUGCAUGUAUUAUGACAAAUAAAUUAUUAUAAAUUAAAACAUAAGCAAAAAAUGCAUAUUUGUUGUACGUGUUCUGAGUAUUCAAUGUACCAAUUAACUCACGGAAAAAAUAUACAUUGGUCGUGACAUUUUAUGUUAAGAAGCUCUCACAAUUCUUAUAGAACAAUUAAUGAUAUUAUAAAAAUUAUUCGGUAUUUUCUUUGCACGCUAAUUUGAUAGCACACGCUUAUGGUGAAAUUAUUCUACAUUCAACUGAAGAUUUGAAACGUGGUAAAUAAUUUAUGAAAUUAUUUAGUUUACAUUUGGCUCUUCUGAUCUAAUUGAAUUUCGGGCGUGACAAAUGGCAACUAAAAUGACAAGCUUCCUCGUGCCAAUAAAAAUUCAAAUUAUUUGAUGAAGCUUCCAUUUGAUGACAAAUUAAGUGAUAGAAUUUUUGCUGCCACCACGCAACCCCACGUCGGAUAUAAAUAGAAUUUUCGCCGGCAAUUUCGCGUGCCAAUGUUAUAGUCCAAUAAUACUCCCAAUAAUUAUAGUGGCAUAACAUAUGGGGCACUCGUUUCUUAUAUAAGUAGAUUCGUCAAGAUUAAUAUAUUCACCUCGUUCUUAUUGUUAGUGUAUUCAAUAUUAGAUAAAAUAACUUAUUCAAUAACGAGUAAAUUUUACAUGAACUGCACAUGUGUUCUAAGAUGACACGUGUCGGCAACUGAUAUUUGAAUGAAUAUUGUACAGAAAUUAGUUCAUAAUAUCCGAAUGAAAUAUUUUGUACAUAUUUUACCCGUUCUCUCAACCCCUAUGCCGGUUCAAAUAUCCGGACAUGUCAAUCUUUCGAACGUAUCAAUUUUUUUAUCAGAGUGAUUUUCUAUAGUGUAAUUUUAAGUCUUCAUUAUCCUUAAAUAUAAAUAAGAUCCUUUUGCGUAUCAUAUUUUUCAUGGAGUGAUCUUGUGGCAGCACAUGAACACAUAUCACCAGCGAUAUUUAUAAAUAAAUGAAAAUAUCUAUGCUUAAUACUCAUCUUUAUAAUGGAAUGGAAAUAUGUUCAUCUUUUUACGAAAGGUUCGAUCAAAGUUUAUUGGAAAACUCGGAGUAUUUUUGUGCUUCUUUGCUCAUUAUAAUAUUUAAGUAAUAUUGUAUCAUUUUAUUAAUGACAUAAAAGGAAAGUCACAAUUUGUUUGAUCUAACUUGAGAACGAUCGGCUGUAUUUCUUCUUCCUUUAAUGGUGCUGUUAAAAUUGAACUAAUUGAGAGAACUUCCAUCUUCAUUACCAAGGAAAUUUUACUAUGAGUUUAAUUAAUAAAUCUCACAACAAUAUAUCUGCUUACUAUAUCCAUAGUCCGAAUUCUUAUCUUAAAUUAAUAUUAAUUCUCUCUAAAACUCGACCGCUAUGCAGGAAUUUUCACUGUUCCCUUUACCACGUUUUACUGACUGUUAGGUACCAA